UCAGUCGGUGCGUAAGAUUCGUUGGGUGUGGAUGGUGGCUGCUAUUUGAGCUUAAGGAGAGCGCAGCAUGAAAGGAUAAAACGGUGCACAACAGACAAGAAGAAGAAUCCGAAAAACAAAAGGAUUUCAUAUGAAAGGAUAACGGCACACAGGAGAGAGCGAAUAAGAGUCAGAAUUAUCCUACAGAGGAUCACGUGGCAGAAACCAAACGAAAUAAAAAGCUGAUUAAAGACGCGACCGGAAGUCCCCCAGUGGAACACGACCCCAACCUCACACACAGAGAGAGAGAGAGAGAGAGAGAGAGAGAGAGAGAGAGAGAGAGAAAGAGAGAACACAAGUGUGCUUGUGUGUGUGGAGAGAGUGUGACCGCUUGCGAUGUUGGAGCUGCUGCGACCGCAUCGCAGCGGCCUUAUCGCGGCUUUCUUUGUGCUCGCCGUACUCACCCCACUAUGGGGCACGGAGGCGCAGAGGCCACCUCAGCAUGGGCGCCGUGACCGGCCGCGCAAUCCCCCGCGGCAGUACAUCAAGACGCAUCCGUGCGAGCGCUCCUCAUGCUACCCGGCUACCGGCAACCUGUUGAUUGGACGCGAGAAUCGACUGACGGCCAGUUCGACUUGUGGCCUGCACUCGCCGGAGCGUUUCUGCAUUCUGUCCCAUUUGCAGGACAAGAAGUGCUUCCUGUGCGACACGCGCGAGGAGACGCGCCACGAUCCGUACAAGAACCAUCGCAUCGGGCAGAUCAUCUACAAGACGAAGCCGGGCACGAAUCUGCCCACCUGGUGGCAGUCGGAGAAUGGAAAAGAGAAUGCCACCAUUCAACUGGACCUCGAGGCGGAGUUCCACUUUACCCAUCUGAUCAUCACCUUUACCACCUUCCGGCCGGCGGCCAUGUACAUCGAGAGAUCCUUUGAUUUCGGCCGCACCUGGCAUGUGUAUCGGUACUUUGCCUACGACUGCGCCGACUCCUUCCCGGGUGUGUCCACUGUGCUGCACAACAUUACGGAUGUGAUGUGCACGUCGCGCUACUCCAAUGUGGAGCCUUCGCGCAAUGGCGAGGUGAUCUUCCGCGUGCUGCCGCCGAACAUAAAUGUAUCCGAUCCGUACGCGGAGCACGUGCAGAACCAGCUGAAGAUGACGAACCUGAGGAUCCAGCUGUCGAAGCUGCACAAGCUAGGAGACAAUCUGCUGGACAGUCGGCUGGAGAACGAGGAGAAGUACUACUACGGCAUCUCCAAUAUGGUGGUGCGCGGCUCCUGCUCCUGCUAUGGCCAUGCCUCGCAGUGCCUGCCCUUGGACAUGGCCAUCCAGGGAGAGUUCGGAGAUGGCAUGGUGCACGGCCGUUGCGAGUGCACCCACAACACCAAGGGCUUGAACUGCGAGUCCUGCGAGGAUUUCUUCAACGAUCUGCCCUGGAAGCCGGCAUUUGGCAAGCAGACAAAUGCCUGCAAGAAAUGCGAAUGCAACGAGCACGCCGUCAGCUGUCACUUCGAUGAGGCACUGUUCAUCGCCUCGGGCCAUGUGUCCGGUGGCAUGUGCGACAAUUGUCUGCACAACACCCAGGGCCAGCACUGCGAGGAGUGCAUGCCGUACUUCUACCGCGAUCCCUCUCAGGAUAUCCGGUCGGAGCAUGUCUGCCAGCCCUGCGACUGCGAUCCAUAUGGCUCGUUGGACGAUGGCAUCUGCGACUCGGUGAACGACCCGGAGAACGGCGCCGAGGCUGGCGCCUGCCACUGCAAGGCCUUCGUGAAGGGUCGCCGCUGCGACAAGUGCAAGGAUGGCUACUGGAAUCUGCAGCCCAACAAUCCCGACGGCUGUGAGGAAUGCACCUGCAACAUACUCGGCACGAUCAACAACUCGGGCUGUGUGAUGCACACGGGCGAGUGCAAGUGCAAGCGUUUUGUCACCGGCAAGGACUGCAACCAGUGCAUGCCCGAGACGUUUGAGCUGUCCGAAUCGGAGGAUGGCUGCUCCAUGUGCAACUGCGAUGCCGGCGGCUCCUAUGACAACUUUUGCGAUGUGCUGACCGGACAGUGCCGCUGCAGGCCGCACAUGACUGGCCGCACAUGCUCGCAGCCCAAGCAGAACUACUUCAUACCCGAUCUCCAUGUGGUGCACGAGGCCGAGGUGUCCGAUGUUUGCAUCUCGUAUGGAAAUAAUGGCAACUGCAGCACUGUGGCGGAGGCGCCCACCAGCGGCACCACUGGCUUCACGGGCAUUGGGUUUACGCGCGUGCCCGAGAACUCAGAGUUGGUCUUCACCGUGGACAAUAUUCCCCGCUCGAUGCCCUACGAUGUGGUGAUCCGCUACCAGAGCACCUCCCGCGGCGAUUGGGAUGACGCCUACAUCACGCUGGUGCGCCCCGAUGAGAUCGACCCGGAUGGCGAGUGCGCCGAACUGGUGGCCGCAACCGCUUCGGAGACAAGGAUUCCAUUUAAUCUGCCCGAUCGCAAUCGCCAGGUGGUGGCCCUGAAUGAUGUGUGCCUGGAGGCGGGCAAGGUGUACAAAUUCAAGAUAUACUUUGAGCGCAGGCGCCAUAACGAGGACAGCCCCACGGCCACCAUUUUGGUGGAUUCGCUGACGCUGAUCCCUCGCAUAGAAGUCACCCCGAUCUUCACGGGCUCUCCCAUGGCGGAUCUGCGUCGUCGGGAGUACGCCAAGCACAACUGCAAUCAGUCGUUGUACGACAUCAACUACAAGUCGGAUCCCGAGUGCCGAGACCUGGACAACUAUGUGAGCACCUAUGUCCAUGACGGUGCCAGCAUGUGCAACUGCAAUCCCACCGGUUCGUACUCGAAGGUUUGCGACUCCAAUGGUGGAUUCUGUCACUGCAAGCCGAAUGUUGUGGGACGGCAGUGCGAUCAGUGUGCCCCAGGAACCUAUGGCUUUGGGCCGGAGGGGUGCAAGGCCUGCGACUGCAACAGCAUUGGAUCGAAGGACAACAACUGUGACUUGAUCACCGGUCAGUGCCAGUGCGUGCCCAAUACCUAUGGCAGGGAGUGCAACCAGUGCCAGCCGGGCUACUGGAACUUCCCCGAGUGCCGCGUCUGCCAGUGCAACGGGCAUGCCGCCCAGUGUGAUCCCCUCAAGGGCACCUGCCUCAAUUGUCAGGACUUUACCACUGGCUACAGCUGCGACAGCUGCCUCGAUGGAUACUAUGGCAAUCCGCUGUUUGGCAGCGAGAUCGGUUGUCGCCCGUGCCGAUGCCCCGAGACGGUGGCCAGUGGCCUGGCCCAUGCCGACGGCUGCUCUCUGGACACGCGCAACAACAACAUGCUGUGCCACUGCCAGGAGGGUUAUGCCGGUUCACGCUGCGAAAUCUGUGCGGACAAUCACUUUGGAUCGCCGGAGAAUGGCGGCACUUGCUCCAAGUGCGACUGCAGCAACAACAUUGAUCCGUACGACACGGGCAACUGUGAUCGGGAGACGGGCUCCUGCCAGAAGUGCCUCUACCAGACGACGGGCGAUCACUGCGAGCUGUGCCGCGAUGGCUUCUUCGGCGAUGCCCUGCAGCAGAAUUGCCAGCAGUGCGAUUGCGAUUUCUUGGGCACGAACAACACGCUGGCCCACUGUGACCGCCACUCGGGACAGUGUCCGUGUCUGCCGAAUGUCCAGGGCCUGCGCUGCGAUCAGUGUGCGGUGAACCACUGGAAGAUUGCCUCCGGCGAGGGCUGUGAGGCCUGCAACUGUGAUGCCAUUGGUGCCGUUCAGGAGCAGUGCAACCCCUAUACGGGUCAGUGCAAGUGCAAGCAGGGAUUCGGCGGAAGGGCGUGCAACCAGUGCGAGGCCCACUACUGGGGCAACCCGAACGAGAAGUGCCAGGCCUGCGACUGCGAUCAGUAUGGAGCGGCGGACUUCCAGUGCGACCGGGAGACGGGUUAUUGCGUCUGCCACGAGGGUAUCGGUGGCUACAAGUGCAACCAGUGUGCACGCGGCUUCAUUGGCCAAUUUCCUCACUGCUCGCCUUGCGGCGAGUGCUUCAACAAUUGGGAUAUUAUUCUGACUGCCCUCGAGGACUCCACGGAGGCCACCAUUCAGCGCGCCAAGGAGAUCAAACAGGUGGGCGCCACCGGCGCCUAUACGGCAGAGUUCAGUGAGCUCGAUAAGAAGUUGCAGCACAUCCGGGACCUCCUGCAGAACACCUCCGUCAGCCUGGAGGACAUCGACCGACUUGAUGCAGAGACGAAUGGCUUGAAGCAGCAGCUGUUGGCCUCCCACGGCCGACUGGCCGAGACGGAGCGCAACCUGGAUGACGUCUACAAUUCGCUCAGUCUUUCUGGCGUGGAGCUGGAGGGUCUGCAGAAUCACUCGCGUCUGGUGCAGCAGCUCUCAAAGGAGCUGAAGGAGAACGGCAUUCAGCUGCAAGAGUCCAACAUCGAGGGAGCUCUGAAUCUCACGCGCCAUGCCUACGAACGGGUGAGCAAUCUCUCGACGCUGAAGGACGAGGCCAACGAGUUGGCCUCCAAUACGGAUCGCAACUGCAAGCGCGUCGAGACGCUGUCCAACAAGAUCAAGGACGAGUCCGAUGCCAUUGCCAACAACGACAAGACCAUCGAUGAUUAUCGCACGGAAUUGAGUGCCCUGACGUCCCAGAUUCCCGAACUGAACAACCAGGUGUGUGGCAAGCCGGGAAAUCCCUGCGACAAUCUGUGCGGCGGUGCGGGAUGUGGCAAGUGCGGCGGAUUCUUGUCCUGCGAGCACGGCGCUCGCGCUCACUCGGACGAAGCACUGAAGGUGGCCAAGGACGCCGAAUUGGCCAUCACCAUGAAGAAGGAUCAGGCGGACCAGACUAUCCGGGCGCUUACGCAGGCCAAGCUCAAUGCCUCGGAGGCAUACCAGAAGGCCAAGGCAGGAUUCGAGCAAUCAGAGCGGUAUCUGAAUCAAACCAACGACAACAUAAAGAUGGCCACCAAGCUGAUCAAUGCCGUCACCGACUUCCAGGAGAACAAAACGGCCUCGCCGUUGGAGAGCAAGAAACUGGCACAGGACACGCUGCUGCUUGACCUUAAACUGGAUCCCAAGGAGAUCGAAUCGCUCGGCAUGAAGAUCAACGAUGCCGUGUCCUCGCUGAAGAAUGUCGAGUCGAUCAUCUACAAGACCCGACCGGAUUUGGAGCGUGUGAAUCGACUGCAGAGCACUGCCAAUGCCACCAAGGAGAUGGCCAACAGCAUUCUGGAGGCGGCCAACUCUGUGGUGGAGAAUCUGGCGGCUGCAGAUGAUUCGCAGGGCAAGGCCCAAGAUGCCAUACAGCAGGCGAACAGCAACAUUGAGCUGGCGGCCAAGGAUCUUGAGAAGAUCGACGAGGAAACGAAUGCAGCCGAGUCGCCGGCCAAUCACACGGCCCAGCAGGUGGAGGAGCUGGCCAAGAAGGUGCAACGCCUGCAGAACAACAUUGUGAAGAACGAUCGCGACGCGAAGGAGAUCACAAAGGAGGCCAGCCGCGUCAAGCUGGAGGCCAUGCGCGCUCGCGGCGAGGCCAACAAUCUGCAGUCAUCGACCAGUGCCACCAACCAGACGCUCACUGAUCGCGCCAGCCGCUCGGAGAACGCCAGGGAGCGGGCCAAGCAGCUGCUACAGCGCGCCUCCAAGUUGACGGUGGACACCAACGCGAAGCUGAAGGAUCUGAACGAUCUGCAGUCGGUGUAUCAGAUCAAAAACCAGGAGCUGGUCGAGCUGGAGUCGGCCAUUCAGCCGUUGAAC